CUUUUCAGUUCAACAUUCAAUAUUUCUUUUCAACUUAAAGUUCGUUCCGAAAAACCUUCGACUCAGAUAGCUUGUGUGCAACACAAGCUCACCAAAUUGUUGGCGCUGCUCAGGGAUGUCUUCCCUGGAGACCGGUGGUCCUGUCUAGUUGCAAUCAACCAAAUUGUGGGGCGACAUCUCGCCGCAAAUACUCCAGUCAGAUUUUCCAAAUCGGCUUUCAAAGCAAAUACAAUACGAAAAGAUGCCGCCGCAGCUAAUGUCCCAGAGUGAAAAUGGCGGCGAGGAGGAUGGGUGUCAAUUGGAGUGCAAGGAGAUGGAUCCGCUGCGGCUGACCACGCUGAUCCUGAGUGCGGAUCCGCGGUACCGCAUCAAGCCAAUGCAGCAAGUCGUGUCCGCCCUUGUUGGCGGCCUCAUCACGACGUUUGUGGUUACGCCCUUGGAGGUGGUGAAGACGCGCGUCCAGACGCAGCACGCGAUCCGCCAGCGACCGACUGUUUCCAAGCUCUGCUACGUCUACCACAACGGCCUGAUGACCCACGUGUGCCGCUCCAGUGAUAUCUGUGUCCCGAAACCAGGCCGUGAUCCGCGCAAUCUUCGGCCCCUACGCGGCGCCAUGGAUGCCUUUGUCAAGAUCGUCUGCACAAGUGGAUUCAGUGGUCUGUGGGCGGGUCUAAGUCCCACGUUAGUUUCGGCCCUGCCCUCCACGAUUAUCUACUUUCUGACGUACGAGUAUAUCAAGAAUUCGCUGUCCCACAUCUACUUGGUCUCGCAGAAGUUUGAGGAACCCGGCACGAUGGACCAAGUGCCUGGAGCCGACGGCGGCGAUCCCCUGGACCAGGCAACCAGGGGAGUAAAUGUGAGCGCCACCGCGCCGGUAUCCAACGCACCGCUCCCCUACUAUGUGCCCAUGGCCUCGGGCAUUUGCUCGCGCACCAUUGUGGUCACGGCCAUUACGCCCAUCGAAAUGGUGCGCAUCAAGAUGCAGUCGGAGUACAUGACCUACGCCGAGCUGUGGCGUGUGCUGCGCUCGUUGAUACGCCAGCACGGCAUCCUGGGUCUCUGGCGGGGCUGGCCGCCCACCGUGAUGCGGGACGCACCCUUCUCCGGAACCUACUGGGCGGUCUACGAGGCGAUUAAGCGGGCCUUCAGCGUCACGGAGCCGACUUUCCUCUUUAGCUUCCUCACGGGCGCCAUCUCCGGAGCGGUGGCUACCUUUGUGACCAUGCCCUUUGACCUGAUCACCACGCACACGCAGAUUGAGCUGGGUCAGGACGUGCUGUACGAGGAGGUUGGAGCGGGAACGGGAACGGGAACAGGAGCAGGAACAGCUGCAGAAGCCGGAGCACGACCAAAGACACCGCAAAGUGCCGUCGCCAACUCCAAGCCGUCGGUGCUCUCGCGAAUGCGUCAAAUUUACAGGCUGCAGGGAGUGCGGGGCCUCUAUGUCGGGGUGAUGCCUCGGAUGCUACGUGUGGUGCCCGCCUGUGCCAUCAUGAUCUCCACUUUCGAAUACAGCAAGUCGUUUUUCUUCCACUACAAUCUGGAUCUCCAGGAGGCAGCUUACCGGCGCUCCCAGUGAAGCAAUCGCCAAUCGCGUGGAAGAGCAAGUGCAUCUGCCAUGGCUAAGAGGGAGGCCUGCGGCCAGUUCGCGGCCGCCAGUGCGGCAAUGGCGGCUGCUUCCAGUCAAAAUCAGUCGAAGGCCACGAUGACGGACCCCC